AUUAAAAAAAAAAGAGGAAGAUCAAGAAAUGUUUGGAAACAAACAAAAAUGAAGAUUGAAGAUCUAAAUCAAAGACGUAAUAUUAAAGCUGUGAGCUGGUUUCUAAUAUUUAGUGAAGAACUCAAUCUGGCCAUUCAUUUACUGGAGCUCAGGGUCCUGGAUAUGAUUAAUUAACGGGUUCGCAAGUUGUAGUCUCCGCGCUAAUGUGUUGGAACAAGUACAAGAUGGCUGCCUGAUUGUGUAGUAUGCGCUUCGGAAUGUCGAAGCCCGCUAUCAUCCACUGCACCAGUUUUCGGCUUCAUUUCAGAGAGAGCGUUCUAAUCAAAUGAAUCUGUUAUAAGUGUUGUUCUUAUCUUAUAAAUACGGACGUUGCUUGAAAGGAGAAGAGGAUGACGUUCAUUGUUUUCGUCCAUUUCUUCUUCUUCCUCGUUCUCAUUAUUAUGUUGGAGUAUUCAGGUGACUUGGCAAAUACAUGAGAUGAACUGCGAGGUGGUUUUCAAAUCAUUCGGCUCUCCAUACACCUUUCUUUCUAUUGGGGUGUUUUGAGCCAGUGUCUUGUUCGGGCCUCUUGAAAAUGAAUGACAUGUAGUGCAUGUACUGCUGUCACCCUUUGUGUGCUCUAUGUGAUGCUUAUUUAACGUUUAAGUAUCUGUUUCAUUUCAGGUGCUGGGUUAGUUUCAUAUAAAAAUAAACCAAAUCUAUUUACAGAUUUCCUUAUUUAUAUACAAGCUACACUUCUUGCUGUUAAGAAGAUGAUAGCUCCACGAUCCUUAAGAAUGUCUUUAAGUCCGCGGAUGACUAACUUAGCCUGAAGCAAAUCCAACACAGCUAACGAAACGAAAUGGCAGAUAAGUAAGGGGGAUAAUCGUGUCAUGUUUCUUAAACCACAAGCGCACAAAGCACAAUACGUUGUCUACAAGAUUCAUGAGUUAUGGCCCUUGGGUAGGAUCUAUAAUAUAUAUAUAUAGAAAAAAAAUAGCAUUAAGUCCUGUGGAGCUAGACUAGACAUUUAAGAAUAAAAUCACUCUAUUGUAAGUAGGUCAUGUUUUCCUCUCAACUCACCACUAACCAGGACACUAUCACUUUUGUUAUCUGAGCAUUACUUUUUUAUUUACGAGUUUUAAAAUUCUCAUAUUGUCAUUGAAACCUAUAGUAGAUGUAUACAAGUCAAUUAUUUCAAAUUUCGCUACUACAGAAAAGGUAAGGACCAAUAGCUGACGGCCAAUAUUCGAUCGGUUGACAUGUAUUGAACAGUUCACUGACAAAAAAGCGCUGACUUGGCAUGUCGUUCAAAGAUUGGAUUUGUUUAAGAACCUUGUUCAUUUGAAGUGUAUAUUUCUUAUCCAGUUAGAGAACGACCAUUGAAGGUCGCAUCUCAUUACAAGCUGUGGAAUUAUGGGAAAACUAAGAAAUAGAACUCGCCCUUCAAAGCUAACCAAUGACUUGAAAAUAAAGCAUGGCUAUGAAAGUGGGGAGCAGAUGAUGAAGGUUAAACAAGUGACCAGAGCAGAGGACGCUAGGUUGACAAAAUCUCAACUCGACAUAUUUCCUUCUUUCACCCCGGUCCUGGUAACGACCUUGACAUUGAUAUUUCGUACAUGGCAUGUGUUACAACCAAGAAACUGGUGGAUGGUUCACCCCGAUGAAGUGUAUCAAUCUGUUGAAGUUGCACACUUGCACCUCUAUGGCUACGGGUUCAGAUCUCACGAGUACUCCCCGCCCGACCCGCCACUCCCGCUGACCAAGUACAAAGAGGUGGAACUGAAGGCGGUCAUGUAUGGUCUGAGCUCGCCCCUGUAUCCCCAUUUCUACGUCACAGUUGGGUGGCUAGUUUCACUAACAGGAUAUAGCUUCUCUCCCUAUGUACUAUGGCGCGUGUCUCAUGUCGUCGUGUCGUCAACUCUGCCUCUAGUUCUGUACCACUAUGUCUGCACUCUACAGACGUCUCAUACGGCUGGAUGCAUGGCGGCCAUCAUGGCGGCCACUUCCGUUCACCUGAAUGUCCUUGGUACUCAUUGCCUGGUGCAUUCAUUUUUAGCACCGUUCACUUUCUUCUCCUUACUUCUGCUCAUCGGGAAUUCCCAGAUAAGUCAGUGUGACGGUGCAAGUAAUAACUUUGACAGAGGGUCUUCACUAGUUGAAAGUUCCAGAAGAUCUGAUGACGAAGAAUUAUCGCGCAGUAAAAAGAUUGCACCGGACAUAAAUGGCAAUCCAAUUAAGACUGACCCAAACAACGCUUUCCAAUUCAAACAAAAAUGUAAUAGAAACAUUAGAACUUCUUACAAUACAAGAAAGACGGUUUGGUUGCAUUGGCAAAUUUUCUGUGCAAGUUUCAUCAUGGGACUUACCAUCUACAUCCGCCCAGACGCCGUGUUGGUGUUUACUUUACACUUUCUUGUGUUAAAAAGUCUUCGUCGCUAUGUGUUCAGUACUAGAGUGAUCUCUCUUGCCUUUGGUCUUUUUUUCGCAACAACAGUAGGCAUUUUAGCAGACUUCUGCUUUUACAGCAUCGGAGUAAUCAGCCCUUGGAACUGGUUUCAUUAUAAUGUGUUCAAAAAAUUGUCUUUGAACAUUUUCAGCCAAUCCAACGCAACCGUGUUCUUGGAGAUGACCAAUACCAAUGGCAUCGGUUUUCUGUUGGCCGUCUCCUUUAUUGUUGAGAUCUCCAUGCACAUUUCCGGCUCAGCAGACGUGAGCACAAAGAAAGCAGACAAGGGGGAGAUGCAAAAAGCGUUUAACGCGCGAGCUUCCAAAGUGACGUCAUUCCAAUCUUUUCUGAUAUGGACAAUUUUGUUUAUCGCCUAUUUGGUUUGCGGUCAUAAGGAAAUCCGUUUCUUCCACGAUGUGUUCGUUUUUAUUUUCGUUUUUGUUUCUAAAACUUUUGUGAAAGUCAAAAUAUUCAUAAAGAAUGAUCUCGUAAAGUUCUGUGGGAUUGUGUCAGUAUUAGCAAUAUUCUCUCUCAAUCAGUGGAUAGUCCUUCCUACAAACGGAGGUCGGAACAGCAGUCGCUGGGUUUAUCAGAAAACAGAGGAUGUCCAGGAUAUCAACACUUGCCUCCACUACGUGGCGUUGCAAACAGACGUGACGGGGGUGUUCUGUGAUUGUAACCUCCAUAUGACUGGUGGAUAUACACUCCUGCAUCAGGACGUCACGUUCAUGGCGCUCCUCAAGGGAGGCUACUACGAGUAUGGGCCCAGGUCUAGGAGCAAGGAGAACAGCUGGGCGGGGCGAGAUCUGUCCGUCGUCGAGUUCACGCGGGCCUCCAACUACGUGGCGGAGCAGAACGCCCUGGCCACAGCGAGGGUCAUCAUAGAGAGGAGAAAUUAUAAUUACGUCAUCGUACGGACGGACAGACCAUUCCUUCCGGUUGGCUUUCGGGAAGUAUUUUCAGCAGGCAAUAGACGCGUUUUACAACGAUCUUUUGAUGAAAUGUCGGAGCGAAAACUGCAAGAUUUUUUGGACAGGAUACCUCUGGGUACUAAUGCUACAGUUAUGCUUCACGAAGGCGACGUGUUGUACUAUAUGAACCAGUAUGCCGAGGCGUCCUUCAGGUUUCAGCAUGCCCUUCGUUUAAACUCUCGUCUGCUCGAGGCUUAUCUCCCUUUACAAAACUGUUACCACAAACUAAAUAACCUGGCAGCUGCUCAUCAGGUUCUUUCACAGUGCCACUCCAUGUUUAGCGCAAGAGAGUGCACGACACCAAGAAAGAUAACCCAACUCUAACAGACGGACAUUCCUACCUUUAAGUUACCGUUCCUGCACAGGGGACAGAACUCACUAAAUUUUGAACUUUCAAAUAACUUUUUGAUAAAAACUAUUUUUGUUUACGCAUGUUAAUAUCUAUAUAUUUCAUGGACAAACAAAUAAAAAUGUAAAUGCUAAAUUGUUGUACUGAAGUGAAAGUGCUUGGAUGAUUCAUUAACUCUCACUCGUUGUUUGGACAACCCGCUGGGCAAUGAAAAGUUUGCUGUCAAGUUUCAAAGGAGAAUCUAAUAAAUAUUUAGUUCAAGGGCUGUAAGUUGCACGCCUGCAAACGUGGUAUUGUUUGAAGAAAUUGAUUGGAUGAACAAAUCUAGAAAACAGAUAACUGUUAAAUAUAUCUCUAUAAUGAACUGUGAAUUGUAUGUCUGAUUGUGUGACCUUUAAUCUGAUCAGUAAACUGCCUUAUUCUGAAGUAAGCAUCGUGUCAUCUCUGUAAUGAAC